AUGGAUCAGCGGGCGGCCUGCGGCGGCGAAGCAGGGGGCGUCCAGCGGCGGCGCCCGUACAAGGGCGUGAGGCGGCGGCAGUGGGGGAAGUGGGUGUCGGAGAUCCGGGUGCCCGGGACGCGGGAGCGCCUGUGGCUCGGCUCCUACGCUACCGCCGAGGCGGCCGCCGUCUGCCUCCUCCGCGGCGGCGCCGGCGGCCUCAACUUCCCGGGCCGCGCCGCCGCCUACGGCCACGUCCUUCGCCAUGGCGUCCAGCAGCUGUCGCCACGCUCGGUCCAGCGCGUGGCGUCCGACGCUGGCAUGGCCGCCGACGCGCAGCUUGUGGAGCUGCGCGAGCGUGCCCCCGCGCCGCCCGGCCAGGAGACGACGCCAUCCGCUGGCAUUGGCGCUGUGCAUGGUGGUGCGGGCGCCGGAGAGCAGGUGUCCUACGGUGGUACGAGGAGCUGCAGCCCCGGCAGCGAGCAGCUUGUCUAUGGGGAGCUGAGUGUGGACGACAUGGAGAUCGUGACCAUGUUGCAGUCAUUGUAG